AAUAUUCACUCAAGGGCACAAAGGUCGAAAGUGUGUUAGUGCGGAUCUGGAAUAUUACGCCGACUUGUAUCGAAUCAUGGACGUUGAAGAUGCACUGAAGCUGGUAAAAUUCGCCUCAACCGUUGCUACGGGUGUUAUAGCUGGCGGUGCAAUUUACAUCAACCUUGCAGAGCAUCCUGCGAGAAUGCAACUUGAUGAUGUCCAAUCGCUUCAUCGCCAAUGGCGGGAGAGCUUCGAUCGAGCGAAGUACUUGAUGGCCGGGACAUCGCUGCUGCCGGUCGCUGGGGGAGUAGCAGCGUUUGCUAUCGAUCAGAGCAAAGGAAAACCUUGGCUUAUCACUGCCGGGCUGAUGGCUUUCAAUAUGCCGUACACAGCUCUCGCCAUGAAAUCGCGUGUCAUCGACCCCAUAUAUGAUUAUGAAGUCGCUGGAAAGAUGGAUCCCGGAAAAGUGCGAGACACUGUGGAUAAAUGGAACACUUUUCACAAAGUCCGCACCAUCAUAGAUCUGUCAACAUUUGCCUGGUGUGUGUACAAUCUUGUCUACAACUGAGAGGCGGCCAUGUUGAAAAUUGAGUUGAAUGGAUUUUGAAAUCAGGGACAUUCUGUGGAAUUGCGUUCACCCUAAAUUACGGUAUAUUUAAGGGGAAUUUUCUCUAAUAUUUUUGUGAUGUUAUGUAAUUGUUUUCGAAGACUGUAUUCGUACAUAACCGAUUUUGUCGAAAAUAUAUGUGUUCCAAGACAAUUGGGGUCGCUUGCGAAGUUCUGUAAACCAACAGACGUUAUUUUGUACAUUAAGGUACAGUGCAGAUAAUGAAUCAUUAAAAGACUUUGAACCAGA